GGCUGAAUCCUAAGAGCCGAAAGAGAAUAAUGCCUGAUUUCCUGACUGAGCCUCCUGCAAUAGAUCCCAUUUAUGAAGCUCGUGUUUACUGCAAUAUUCCCAGCAUUGCUGAAUGCAGCAUGGAAGGUCAUACACCUCAUUAUUUUAAGCUUGUGUCAGUUCAAGUGUUGAUUCAACAUGGUGAUAGGUAUCCGCUAUAUGCCAUUCCCAAGACAAAGAGACCUGACAUCAACUGUAUGUUGGUGCCUAGCAAGAAACCUUCUCAUCCUCAGCUUGAUGCUUUCAUUAAACAUAUGUCCAAAGGCUCUGCAGCCCAACUGGAUGGUUCCCUGAGCAGCUUGCCACGUUACCCUAGUCAUUCCUUGUGUGAAAUGGGAGAGCUUACACAGACAGGGGUAGUGCAGCACUUGAGAAAUGGACAACUACUGAGGGAAAUUUACAUAAAUAAGCAUAAACUGCUGCUGAGUGGCUGGACAGCAAAGCAGCUCUACUUGGAGACAACAGGGAAAAGCUGAACCCUGCAGAGCGCGUUGGCACUGUUCUAGUUUCUUCCAGAUUUUGACUGGAAGAAAAUUAAUCUGAGGCAUCAGUGGAGCACCAUUUUCUGCUCUGGAAGCUGUGACUGUCCUAUGCGAAUCCACUACCUAGAAGAGGAGCAGCGCAGACAGUACAGUUUACAGGUGAAAACCAGUGAUUUGGAGAAAAUCUGCGUGGAUAUGGCCAAGACUGUGGGCAUUCCCACCAGGCAGUUGAGAGCUUCGAACCCAAUAGUUUCUCUCUUGUGCUAUUUUUGCCACAAUGUCAGUUUUCCGUGUACCAAAACUGGCUGCAUUUCUAUGGAACACUUCCAAGUCAUCAAAAGACAUCAGUUGGAGGAUGAGAGAGAAAGACAAGAAAAGAAACUUUAUUUCUUGUAUGCACUGUUGGCUACUCAUCCUCUCCUCAACCAGACUGUCAGUCAGCUGCAGCGCAUUGCAGAAGGCAAAAAAGAGGAAAUAUUUGUUCUUUACUCUGCACAUGACGUCACAUUGUCACCUGUUCUUAGUGCCUUGGGCAUCACAGAGGCCAGAUUUCCUAGAUUUGCUGCCAGGUUAGUUUUUGAGCUGUGGCAGGAUGGGAAGAGACCCAAAGAACUUAUCUGUAUCCUGUAUAAUGGCGCUGAUGUCACAUUCCAGACCUCCUUUUGCAAGGACUAUUAUAAACAUUCCAGCAAGCCAAUGUGCCCACUAGAAAAAAUUGUCAGCUUUGUCAAGAGGGAUAUGUUCUUAAUUUUUAACAGCACUAGUUACUAUGAUGCAUGUCGCAGAAGACCACUGUAGAGAAGCAAGGU